GGGGGGGGGGGCGUGGAGGAGAAGCGGUCGAGGUCAUCACGGAUGCGUCGACACCGCGGCGAUAAGGUUCGUUCUUCCUCGUCCUCGUCGUCUUCGUCCCGGAGGGCCCACGGGGGCUCCGGCGUAUCAACGUCGUCGGCACCGCGGUCCCACGCCGGUUCUCACGAUCUCGCCGCCUGGGAGGAGGCGGGGGGUGCGAGAGGGGCACCGGCACCGGCGGCGGCGGCGGCGGCCGUGGUAGAGGCUCUCAAAGGCGCGGCGCCGGUGGGCGAAGCCGUGGACGAAUCCGGCGGAGGGAAAAGCGGCGCUACUAGCGAGCCAGGGCGUGGUCCGUCGUCGGGCCGUAACCUUGGCCACAGCAACGGCGAACGACCAAGCAGUGGCGGCCGUGGUGAUGGCGCAAGAAAGGGUAGUCCCGCCGCCGCCACCGAGCCACGAUCGUCGGAGUCUGCGAGCAGGCCGGGACCUCCCGCGGACGGCGGCGAUAACGCCAGUAAGCCCGGUGCGGAGCCGGACGCGACUGCUGCGGACGGAGACGGGGCUGCAGGGGGUCGUCGUGGUCAGGGCGGAGGCGGUGAUGAGAUUGAGGCCAAGGAGGGUAAGGAGGGGGCGGCUGGGGAAGAAGCGGGGACGCGGCCGCUGCCGCUGCCGGCGCCGCUGGUGACGAAAAGGAGCUGGGAGGAUGACGACGUCGGCGACCUCUUCGAGAGCGGCGGCAACGGCAGCGACGACGCCCUGGUGGUUGCGGCGGAAGGGACGGGGGGCGUUGGUCAGGCGGCAGCGGCGGCGGGGGAAGCCCGAGAGGCGCGGAACUUGUGCGAGAACGGAGAAGGUAACAAGGCGGGUCUGGUGGGAGGUAGCCAGGCGGCAAGCCCGUCAGGAGUGCGACCGGCACGGGGCGAGGAAGGAGGCGUGCGGAGCGCCGGCGGGCACUCGUCGCUACCUCCUACGCCACCGUUGGGAAGGACGCUCGAGCUUGACGGCAGGUCGGAGAAGGACACGCCCACGUCGGUGCCCAAGUCCUCGCUGGGCAUGCCCUGGGGCAGCGUUGUCUUCAGGAGCAACACCUCCGAGAGCCCCGGCGCCAACUCGAUGAACUCGACGGCCGGGGUGCUGGGGUUGGGAACGAGCGGCGAGCUGCGUGACGCGGGGGAUGGCAGCGUUGCAGUCGCCGACGAUUUUGGGGGGGGCGGCCCUGAGGCACGAGAAGAAGAGGGGAUACGUGGAUGGGAAGAAGCGGGGGUGGGCGCCGCGGCGGCGGGACGCGCCGCUUUGGCGCGCAUUGACAGCAUCACCGAGGCUGAUGAUGAUUCGGCGUCGAAGGCCGCUACUGGGGAGGAAGAAGAGCCGCUGCAAGCGUUGCCAGAAGGGGCGCCAACGGGAGGCGGCGGCUCCGCCGAUGAUGAUGAAAAUAGCGGCGGCGUCACGCCCCUUCCGAAAGGGGCCGAUGGUGAUGUGGUGGUCGAGGAGGAGGAGGAGGAGGACGGGACGACCGAGACAGUGGAAGCGUCAGCGGCGGAGACGGCGGACGUGACAGAAGAUGAGGUCCGAUUGACGGCCGCGUUCCACGCACACCUAACCCCGGCGCUUUGCGAGCUUUGGGAAUCCACCGAGGACGGCUCUGCGCGACGUCAAGCUGUUCAAGAAGUAUGCUUGGCCCUCGAGAGACUCGAUGGCUGCAGCGAUGGGCAGCUGACGCUCGACUUUGUGGGCGCGAUCGGCAAGUCAUGGUCCUCCGCGCAGGCGUCUCCUGACGCACCCACCCCCCCCACUGCCGAGUAGUUCCUCCCGCGGCGCCCCCCCUCACGACGAAGUGUGUCGUCCGUGAACAUAUAUAGAUCUCCUUGUGUUUGCGAUUUUUUUCUGCUUGCCUUCUGGACGCCGUAAGCGGUGUUGCCUAGGGGUGAGUAGAUGUGUGUUUUCUUGAGAGACUACGGCUUUUUUUUUUUAGUAGUGCUGCUGGGUAGCGGGUAGCGUUGCCACUCUGGGCAUGCAUGCCCCGGGUUAAACUUGCUUGGCAUGCAUGCUCCGUCGCAAGGCGACUGGGGUAAUCGAAAGCGCAUGAAGCCUGAUGGUGGCGGCCGGGUGAUGAUUUGUACCCUUCGCACUACCUCGAUGGAUAAAUGUCAGUCGGGUUUGUUUUGCCCGCUGCGGUGUGCGUGCCCCCCCCCCCCC